AUGAUUUCGUUCGACCCGCGUCAUCGCGCCAUGAAGGCAUUCGAGCUGCUGGGGCUGGGCGCGCAAGACACGGUGCAGUACGCGCGGGUGGGGGAGGUGGGGGGCGACGGCGCGGGGGACAACGACCACGAUCUCGAUCCCCUCGACCACGACAGCCACAACCAUGCGGGCGGUGGCGCGCGGGGGAGCCCGCCGCUGGGCGCGUCCGCGCGGGGGAGUCCCCCUCCGCGGAAGCAGCAGCAGCAGCAGCGGGUGCCCGGGAUGGUGUUUAAGACGGAGGCGGCGCGCGCUGCUGCUGCCGCGCUGGAUGAAGAGAUGGCGGGGGGAGGGGAAAGGGGAGGGGAAGGGGGAAGGGGAGGCGGAGGAGGGGGGAAUGGUGUGGGGGAGGUGCGGAGGCCACGACAGGCUGCUGCUGCGCCGUUGUGCUCUGUGAGCCACCCACCUGUCUCCGGUUGCUCAAGGCCACCUGUCUCUGGGUGCUCGUCUCUCUCGCGCUCUCCAUCACACUCACUCAGGUGGGUGGAUAGGUGGAUGGGUGGGUGGGUGGGUGGGAGGGUGGAUGGGUGGAUGGGUGGGAGGGUGGAUGGGUGGGAGGGUGGAUGGGUGGGAGGGUGGGAGGGUGGGUGGGUGGGAGGGUGGAUGGGUGGGAGGGUGGGUGGGAGGGUGGGUGGGUGGGUGGGUGGGCCAGUGCAGACCACACUGGCACCUGGCUUGCAGGUGUUUCAGCCCAGCACGCGGGCACAGACAACAGAAUCGGUGGCGAGUUUGGAGCACAGCGUGUAUGACGAGUCAGGCGUGUUCCAGGUGACGUUUGACACGCUGGAGGAGGAGAUCCGCGAGAUCAAAGACCAGCUCAACGGCAAUCAGACGGGCGCCAAGCCAGCAGCCCCCAUCCCUCCAGUGGUGCAGCUGGCGAAGCUCAGAGUGCAGGUGGAGGAGCUGUCGUCGCAGCAAGCCCUGCUGCGCGGGAAACUGGACUCUCUUGUUGCCGCCGCUGGGGGGGGAAGUGCUGCUGUUGCUGCUGCUCCUGCGGGCGCUGAAGGGAGUGGGGCUGGUAUAAACAGCACGGGUGGGGUUGCUGUGCAGCAGGCGGUGGGGAAGCUGCUGGAGCCGCUGAAAGCGAGGGUGCAGCGCGAUGAGGAGCGGUUGAGGGCGGUGCAGGAGAGGGUUGACGUGGUUGAGAAGGAGCUGGCGGAUAGCAUGGAGGUGCUGCAGCAGCUGCAGGUCGAGGUGGUCACUGGGGGCAAAGACCCAGCAGCAGCAUCCAUUGCAGCAGCAUCCGUUGCAGCAGCAGAUAUCCCAGCCACCACAGCAGCGCUUGCAACACCCAACGUUCCUGCAGCAACAGUCAUUCCCGCAUCAGACGAGCUUGCAGCAGUUGUCAUCCCAGAGCCAACGGAACCUGCAGCAGUUGUUGUUCCACCACCAAAGAAACCCGCAGCAGUAGCAGCAUCAAACGAGCCUACCGCGGUUAUUAUCCCAGACGCAAGCGAGCCUGCAGCGGUUGUAAUCCCAGAGCCUACGGAACCCGCAGCAGUUGUCGUUCCAGAAGCAACCGUACCCGCAGCGGUUGUUUUUCCAGCACCAAAGGAGCCUGGUGCCGGCGCGGUUGCUGUUCCCGAAGCAGGCGAGCCCGCAGCGGUUGUGGUGCCUUCUCCAAUCGAACCUGCUGCGGUUGUCGUUCCUGAACCUGCAGACCCUGCAGCGGUUGUUGUCCCGGGUCCCUCUGAUUCCACCCCCGGUCCUGCUGCUGCUGCUGCUGCUGGUGCAAUGGGAGGGAUGGGUGGAGGGAAGGAGGGCGAGGCGGAAGGGGAGGAGGAGGAGGAGGAUGAUGCUGACUUGGGCCCUCCAGAGGAUUACCCUGGGGAAGGGGAUGUGGGAGAGGAAGGAGAAGAGGGAGGAGAGGAGGAGGGAGAGGAGGAGGGAGGAGAGGGGGAAGCAGGGACGGCUGAGCAGGUUGGGAAGAAGAGUGCUGGGACUGCAGGGGAGACAGAGGCGGGAGGCGAGGAGGAGGCGGAGGAGGAGGGGGAGGGGGAGGUGGGGGAGGAAGGGGAGGAGGAGGGAGAGGAAGUGGGGGAGGACGAGUCACCAGCAGUGGGAGGCAUUGAUGUGGCAGAGGUGCAGCAAUGCGGCGAUGAGGUGCUCGACCUGCCAGCGCAGGCCAAGGCAUGGAAGCAGCGCUCUCUCGUGCAGGUCACACCGGAGCUGCAGCUCUUCAGUGCAUACCGCUACAACCCGCACACCAUAGCACUCGUGGGCUUGCUGGCCCCAGCAGUGCCCACUCUCCCUCUCGACGCAUGUCUCUUCCGCCAGUUAGACGGCUCACAGCCCAUCGCAGGCUCGCUGCUGCGCCUGCAGGUGGAGACCACCGCGGCAGUGGUGCUGAGGUUCGAAGGUGACACCGUUCUCCCCCCCUGUGGGGGCUAUCUGGAAUGCACUGCUGCUGCUGCUGGCGGGGCCAAGGUGGUUGUGUACACAGAAGGCCGCGGGGAGCUCUCCACCCCGCCCUCGCCCCUCCCCACGCCCCUCACCAUCUGCUCGCUCCUCAUAACAAACGGAGUUUGGCCGCCCCGCCUGCGCGAGUGGCUGGACUACCACCGGGUGGCGGCGGGGGCGGCGACGUUUGUCCUGUACCGGCACAGCAAGAGCCACUGGCCUACAGAGCUGCGGCAAGCCGUGGGGGAAUACGAGCGGAUGGGGAUGGCGGAGGUGACAGAUAUUGUGGGGGCAGAUAAGGAACAGGAGAAGAUGCUCGCCCUGCAAGACUGUCUCUACCGCACCUCCUUCUCCUCUGCCUGGACUCUCCCCCUAGACCUUGACGAAUACCUCUCCGCCUCGCCCCCCGCCACCCUCCCCUCGCUCCUCUCCGCCUCCUCCCUCGCCGCCUCCCCCUACCUUUCCCUGGGUGCAGUGCGGUGGAGCACGGAGGUGUGUCUGGGGGAGGCAGAUGUGGUGAAGGUGGAGACGGAGGGGAUUGGGGGGGAUGCAGGAGAGGAGGAUGAUGCUGCUGCUGAUAGUGGCAGGGGAAACAGCAGCAGCGGUGGUGCUGUGUUUGCGGUAGAGAGGGCCGUGUUUAGAGAGGCGGCUCCUGUGUGCAAUGCAGAGGCGACAGGAGGAGGAGGAGAGGUGGAUGCGGCAUUGUGUGAGGGCGAUGCGGGCACGCGACGAGUCAUUGUCAACCCGCGCAAGGUGGCCCUCCUCUCACUGCAUCACCCCAUACCCCCCAAGGGCGGUGCUACUUUGAACGCCCACACGCAGGCGCGGGUCAACCGUUUUCCCGGUCUCUCAAGCGUCAAGCAGGCAGGGCAGGUGUGCAGCAGCGAGGUGCCGCAAUCGGGCGAUGCUGCUGCUGCUGCUGUGGAUGCUGCUGCUGCCGGUGCCCCGAGGGGGUCCGUGGAGAGCCUAGAGGUGGCUGAAGGGGCGAAGCUCGCCAGAGAGUGGCGGCUGUGCAGCAUCGAGGUGCCGCAAUCGGGCGACGCUGCUGCUGCUGCUGUGGAUGCUGCAGCCCUCGGUGCCCCGAGGGGGUCGGUGGAGAGCCUAGAGGUGGCUGAAGGGGCGAAGCUUGCCAGAGAAUGCCCCAUUGAGAAGAACAGAGAGGUGAGUUUGACUGGAAAACGGGGUGGGGAGGAGGAGGUGGGGCAAGGGCGGGCUUCUAGAGAGUGUCCCAUUGAAGGACGGGUGGGAGUCAGUUACAGGGAGAGGAAGAACGAGGCGUGGGACAAGGAAGGAAGGGGGGAGGAGAUGGAAGGGGUGGGGGACUAUGAGACCUGA